GUCCAAAUCCAAAAGUCCCUAUCUAUUCCUACUUUACCUUAAUAAAAGUAAAACAAUCCUAUCUCAACACGUUGUCAUAAACCUCUGUACCCGACCUCUUCUGAUCCUCUCCCAAAGACAAAACUCGGACACAGAAAAAAACACACAAGCUUCAGACGAUGGUGCAAGCUUCUUGAUCACUCUCUGCUUAAAAUUCUUAUUCUACACUUUUUCCUUUAUCCAUCAUAAACCCCAUUUCACGCCAAAACCAUGACUGUGCCCGUGACGAUUAUCUUCUGCUUUGUCAGUGUACGUAAUCCUUUGAAUUUCGCAAAUUGGUGAUAUGGGGGUUUGCUGAUUAUGCUUUUAUGCUCAUAAUUCGAGGUGGGUUUUCUUCAAAUGUGGCAGGAACCAAGAGAAUUUCGUGUUUCGUGUAAAGCUGUCAUUUUUUCGGGGGGUCUGAACUGAAUAGAAUAUACAAUUUGAGGUAAUUGAGUGUUGGGAUUCUGUCCAAUGAGAUAAGAUAGUGAGAGGGAAGUUGGAGAUGGCUGUGGCAAGCAAAACCAGAACUAUGCUCGAAGGUUUAGUAAGAGAAGGAUCAUUCAAAUGGUUGCUUGGCAGACGCAGUUCUUUUGAUGAAGAAUUUGAAGAGAUGGGAAGGUCUCCAUCUGCCCAAAGGAAUUGGAUACCGGAACUUUCUCCAGUUGCAAAUAUUGUUAUUCGCAGAUGCUCAAAAAUCCUUGGUAUCCCUUCAAGUGAACUUCAAGAAAGCUUCAAUGCAGAGGCUGCUGAAUCUAUAAAGCAUCCAUCACGGUAUGCAAGGAACUUGUUGGAAUACUGCUGUUUCAGGACGCUGGCUUUGUCCAUACAAGUAACAGGUCAUCUAGCUGAUAAAAAGUUUAGACGCCUAACAUAUGACAUGAUGCUAGCUUGGGAGGCUCCAGCUGCUGCCAGCCAACCUGUGCUUAAUGUUGAUGAGGAUAUAGCUGUUGGGGUAGAGGCCUUCUCACGAAUAGCUUCAGCAGUCCCUAUUAUUGCGAAUGUGAUUAUUAGUGAAAAUCUUUUCGAGGUGCUUACAAAAUCAACUGGUGGUCGGCUUCAGUUUUCUGUCUACGACAAGUAUUUAAGUGGACUAGACAGAGCUAUCAGAAAAAUGAAGACCCAAUCAGAUUCGUCUCUUCUUUCUUCUGUUCGAUCAUCAAAGGGAGAAAAGAUUCUGGAAGUUGAUGGAACAGUCACCACCCAACCAGUUCUUGAACAUGUAGGAAUUUCCACAUGGCCAGGUCGAUUAGUUCUGACAGACCACGCACUGCACUUUGAAGCUCUUCGUGUUGUUUCUUAUGACAAGGCAAAAAGAUAUGAUUUAGCAGGUGAUCUGAAACAAGUUGUUAAACCUGAGAUGACUGGACCAUGGGGUACUCGACUUUUUGACAAGGCUGUGUCAUAUAAAUCAAUUUCCUUGUCAGAACCAGUUGUCAUAGAAUUUCCUGAGCUUAAAGGGCAUUCUCGCCGUGAUUACUGGCUAGCAAUUAUCCGAGAGAUUUUAUAUGUUCAUAGUUUUAUAAAUAAGUACCAGAUCAAGGGAAUUGAACGGGAUGAAGCGCUUUCAAAGGCUGUACUUGGGAUUCUGCGAGUACAAGCCAUUCAAGAUGUUAGUUCAGCUAUUCCUCUGCAGUGUGAGAGUCUUCUUAUGUUUAAUCUUUGUGACCAACUUCCAGGUGGAGACUUGAUACUGGAAACUCUUGCAAAUAUGUCAACUUUCAGGGAAAUGGACCGGACUAACAACUCUAAGGGUGGGGGUGGAAUGUAUUCAAUAUCUGCCUUGGAUAUGGUUUCUAACUUAGGGUUUGUGUUUGGAACAAGUUCAAAUAAUUCUAACGAGGCUGGGCUUGUUGUGGGUGAGGUAACUGUGGGAGAGAUGACUUCUUUGGAAAGAGCAGUAAAGGAAUCUAAAAACAACUAUGAAAAAGUGGUGCUAGCACAAGCAACGGUUGAUGGAGUUAAAGUAGAUGGCAUUGACACUAAUUUGGCUGUGAUGAAGGAGUUGCUCUUUCCAAUGAGGGAACUUGGGAACUGCAUUCUAUCUUUGGUUUAUUGGGAUGAUCCUGUGAAGUCUUUUGUGUUCUGUUUAGUUUUCAGUUAUAUAAUUUGCAGCAUGCAUUUCAGGGGAUGGCUGGGCUACACAUUUGCUCUUAUGCUCAUCUUUAUUGCGGUUUUCAUGGUACUCACACGAUUUUGUGGCCAAGUACCUGUUGAUGAUGUUAAGGUGAUAGCACCUCCAGUGUUGAAUACAAUGGAGCAGCUUUUGGCUGUUCAGAAUGCAAUUUCUCAAACUGAAGGGUACAUCCAGGAUGGUAACAUUGUUCUACUCAAGAUACGGGCCCUGUUGCUAUGCAUUUUCCCUCAGGCAAGCGACAAAUUCGCAGUUGCUCUCUUGGUCACAGCUUUGAUUCUGGCCUUCCUACCUAGUAAGUUCAUAGUUCUUAUCGUUUUCUUGGAAACUUUCACAAGAUAUUCACCUCCAAGGAAAGCAAUCACAGAGAGAUGGAUGAGGAGAUUGAGAGAGUGGUGGUUCAGCAUACCAGCAGCUCCUGUUGCACUUGAAAGAGAAAAAGAGGAAAAAAAGAGAAAGUGAUGUAAGUAUUAGAGGUAGUGAUGGUGUGAAAUUUGUUAUAGUGUGUACAUGUCAUUUUUUGUUUUGUUUUGUUUUGAAUGUGCCACAGAUAACUUUUUGUGGCUUAAAUAUCAACAGUUAAAAGAGAAGCACAAUAAGGAAAAAGAAAAUAAAUGACAUAUCAGAUGUGAUGCUUCA